AUGUAUUCUGUUCUUCACAUCGCUAGCUUGAUGGCCUUGAUUGGUUACGCCCAAGCUGAUUUUGCAGUCGGCACAUCUGCUACUCAAAUGGGAAUCGGAGAGAUUGUUCCUGAUACUGGAGGUGACAUCUAUAACACUGAUGAUGUUGCCGUGUCGUACCCAGGUGGCUGUCUCGACAAUGUCCAGCAGUUCGAGUGUGUUUCCGAGCGAUGCCUUAUUGAAGGCUUUUUUGAGAUUCGAGGCAGAAAGACGGAGGAUCAGUACGGCUUCAACUGGAAUGGCGAAGGUUGGGAGUUCUCCCAGAACAGCGAGAUCUUGGGCUUCUGUACCAAGAACGACGAUGAAGGAUGCACUAAGACUGGAGUUAACUACUCGCUCGGGUUCUUCUCACACAUGCUUUGUACUGGCUCUAUCAACUCAGGAUUUUAG